AUGUAUAAUUUACUAAACAUUCGAAUGAGUUUGCUAGAAGAAGCACAAGGUAGAGAAAGGCCCAGUGACAAUAAUAUAAAUAAAGUGUAUAAUAGCAUUCUCGAGCUAGUGGGUAACACACCGCUUGUUAGAUUGAACAAAAUACCACAGCAAUAUGGACUUACUUGCGAAAUCUAUGCGAAAUGUGAAUUUAUGAAUCCAGGGGGUUCUAUAAAAGAUAGAAUAGGAUUAGCAAUGGUCCAAAAUGCUAAGAAAUCGGGUAUCGUAAAUGAUUCAACCAGAUUCGUAGAACCUACUUCUGGUAACACUGGCAUUGGUAUUGCAAUGAAUGCAGUACUUACGGAUACAAAAUGCACUAUUUUAACCGGUGAGAAGAAUUCAUCUGAAAAGGUGUCCACAAUGCGUUUGUUGGGUGCAGAAGUGAUCUCAGUCAAGGGUGACGAAAUAGAAGCUGCGAAACAAAUGCAACGGGAAAAUCCGGAAACCAUAGUUAUGUUGAACCAGUUCGAAAACAUGGUUAAUCCAAUGAGCCACUUCGAGACUACUGGAACGGAAAUUUUGUGCGCACUAGAUAAGGUGGAUAUGAUAGUCUUGGGAGCAGGUACCGGUGGUACGCUGAGUGGAGUCAGUCUUAGACUUAAACAGAAAUACCCAGACUGUAUAGUAGUUGCUGCUGAACCGGAUGGCUCCAUAUUGUUUGACCCUUGUGCUGAUGAACACCCUUUUUUGGUAGAAGGAGUGGGAGGAACUUGGGCACCGGAGGUACUGGACAGAUCUAUCGUUGAUCAUGUCGAGGUGAUCACUGAUCAAGAAUCGUUUUUAACGGCAAGAGAACUGGCAAGAAAAGAAGGACUAUUAUGCGGUGGUAGCAGCGGUACAGCAAUGUGCGCAGCAAUAAAGGCUGCUAAAACACUCAAUUUCGGAAGAGGAAAACGAAUAGUUGUGAUAUUACCCGAUGGAAUUCGUAACUACAUGACUAAGUUUGUCACAGAUCAGUGGAUGGAAGCGCAUCUUUUCAUGGACCCUCCUAAACAUACCAUGAAAUGGUGGAACAAACCAAUAACUGAUUUAAAAUUGACUCACAAGUAUCCUUUGCUUAAUAAAAAUGUCACUUGUGAACUAGCUAUCAACGCUAUGAAAAAUUCGAAUAUCGCAGUAAUCGUUGAUGAAAAAGGACAUUUUGUGGGUGCUGUUACUAAAGACAAUUUCCGGAACAUUGCAACCAACCCAUUAAGGUUGCCAAACGGAAAUAUUGAAGAAUUUAAUUUGAAAGAUCUGGCGACGGAACAUCUUGUUAAAGACUGUUACACAAUGGCCGAGAACGGUAGAAAGGGGGUACCGAAGAUUGGCCUCCUGUCUCGCAUAUUGGAUAUCACGCCGUUCGUUAUUAUUGUUAGAAAAGGACACGAUGGUAAAGACUACUUCGAGCCAAAAGGCGUGGUCACCGCAGAUGACGUUUUAGAUUAUAUACAUAAAACUAAUGAUUCAACAGUUCAGUGCCAAACUUGGUCAUCCUAG